AUGCGAGUUCUUGUUAUUGGCGCAAGUGGCCGUACAGGCAAGCUGGUCCUCGACGAACUCCAGUAUCGAGGACAUCAAAUCACUGUGUUGGUUCGAAAUCCAGCAGCGUUGGAAGGGUAUCAAGUAGAUGUCGUCAAAGGCACACCAACCAACAUGUCCGAUAUGAGGGCAGCGUUUAAUAAAAAUACCCCAGAAGUUGUCAUCGUAACCCUGAGCGCACCUCGAGCCAGCGACAGCCCCUUCGCCGCACCGAUCUCCCCGCCACGCCUGAUGGCCGAUUGCAAUGCCAAUGUGGUGGCAGCCAUGAAGGAAUUUGGGGUUCCCAAAGUCGUUAUUCUCCAAGCGUUCGGAGUUGGCGCAUCAUGGUCCAACAUGCCAUUUAUGCUACGGUUGCUGAUGGGCAAGUCCAACAUGCGACAUCAGUACGAGGACCACAACCAUACCGACCGUGAAGUCCGUGCAAGCGGAGUGAGUUUCGUUCUUGUCCGACCAUCUCGGCUAGUGGACAGCGAUGUGCUGGAAGUCCAUGAGUGGCCGGAAGACGGGAAAGGCGUUUCGUUGAUGGCGAGUGCUGGUCGGAAAAGCGUGGCUCAUUUCUUGGUCGACGCGGCGACCGAGUCCAAGUGGGACAACACGGCGCCGGUGAUCACAAACUAG